AUGGCCGACUUCCACGGCCCCGCGCGCGUCCUGGCCGCGAUGCCGCCCGAGAUCAUCUCAUCAAUCUUGGAAUGUCUGAUCCCGCAGCCUCCGGAAAUUGGCGAGACUAAGCCCGUCUCUUACAACCAGAUGAUCGCGGACGAACCUUGGUUCAACUUCACAAGAUGCCACCGUGGUUUGAGGAGCCUCUGCCUUGUCUCGCGCCGGCUUUCCCAGACGGCAUUUCCGUUACUGUACCGAACCGUCGCAGUAUGGGAUGAGAAAUCGAUGCUGCUCUUCUUCCGGACUUUGUGCAACAACCCCAGUUAUGGGACCUGGACCCGCUACUUCUCCUGCCACCUCACGUUGACGUCGAAUACGGUGAUUCGGGAGUUCAGGGACUUGAUCCCACGGUAUCUCACCACGUUCUCCGCUGCCGAGGGGGUCGAGCCGAUGGUCAUGGCCACGGGGCGGCUGCUCGUUCUGCUGCAUGGCUCCGUCAGGGACCUCGUCGCCGGUCGUGGGGGGGAACGGUUGCCACAGAUCUUCCUCACCUUCAUACUAGCAUAUCUUUCGAAAGUCGAAACGGUACUUAUCCAAGUCCCCGUUAGCGACGACCAAGAGGAGUACCAAGUUCUCUGUGAGCAAAUCGCAGGUAUCAGCCAUUAUGACGCGAUGGCCCCAGAGAGUGCGUCUUCGCCGCGUCCCUUUCAUUCCAUCCGUACGCUCGCGAUUCAAGGGGAUCCGGAACUGCUAGCCGAGUUCGAGAAGGAGGACUGCGAGUGCGAGCACGACCACUCCGACGUCUGGGGCGCUCAACCACGCAAGUACGCUUCACUCUUCGCCAGUCUCCCCAACCUCACGACGCUCGAAGUCAGCAGCGAUGACGGGGUGUGGUCUAUGAUGCCCGACGACGAGACGUGGCCUUUAAUGCCUGACGGCACCAACCCUGACCCCUUCAACUUUGACAAACCUUUCCUGCCCAACCUCCGCCACGUUUUCCUCCACGACAGCAUCGCCUACCCCGGCGACUUGCACUACCUCCUACUCCAAGCCCCCAAACUCGAAACGCUCUACAUGGCCCCGCGAGGGGACUACGCCCUCAAGGCCUCCGUCGACGACAACGGGCUCGCCGAGCACCCAGACUCCCUCAACAACGGACUCAUCAACCACGGCAAGAACCUCCGCACCCUAGACGUCAGCUGGGAGGACAUCUCCGGCUUCGUAAGCCUCGUCGGCCCAGACGGCCGCCUCAACGCCCUCCCACAACUCCCGUCUCUCCGAAGCCUAUGCAUACAACUCGCCAUGCUCUACGGCACCCCGCAAGCCGUGCUCGAGACCCCACUAGUCGACCUCCUCCCCCCCAACCUCACCGAACUCACCCUCAUCGACUGGUGGUGGCACCACGUCGAGCUGAUCGACACCAUCCCCGAUUGGAAAGUCGAAGACAAAGUCCGCUACUACCAGUCCCAGCACCACUACCGCGUACAGGCGCUGCGGACCCUAACCGAGUUUGCGCGCGAGGUGGUGGCGCGGCUGCCGCAACUGAAGAAAGUCGUGUUCCUGGUCCAGAUUCCGUGGACAUGGAUUCUCGAAGGCGCGGUGCCGUUGGAGUUCCACUUCGAGGUCCUUAAGGGCGUGUUUCAGGAGGAAGGGAUCGCGUUCUUCGUGGAGUCGGAUGAGCAGUGUGCCUUCAGUUCAGCCUCGCAAGAUCAUCAAUCCACCCAGUCUGAUCAGCCCAACACUUAUUUCACCCGCUUCCUUUCCCGGUUCCCUUGCCGGAACGAUCCUCCCCGCGCGGAUCCCGCCAAACUUGCUUGA